AUGAACAGGAGGAAGACAGCGCGUCCCGUUACGUUUGAAGAAGUAAAACUUAGGGUUGAACCACUGAAGACCAUCCUCUACGCUGAUGACACUGCUCUGAUAGCGGAGGGCGAAGAAGAACUCCAGGACAAGCUUCAGAACUGGCAAAAAGUGCUUCCGGAGAAUGGACUUAGGCUGAACGUGAAGGUCAAGUUUCUCAGUUCCGAGUGCGCGGAGUCAAUCGUAGAUGAGCUCGGGGAAGCCAUCGAAGGGCUUCAGGAGUUCCAUCAUGUGGGUAGUGAUCUAGCCGCUGAUCCAAGCUUGGACGAGACUGUAAAAUUUCCUAUAAACGUGGCGUGA